AGCGCAGCUGCGUGUUGUUGGGAAGCUUCAGUGAAAAUGGCUGAAGUUCUCUCACCGAUUAUUACUCGACAAGUAAGGAAGGAAAAACGCGAACCCGGAACCCAAACCGUGGAGAUCGAUCUGAGAGAAGUGGAAGACUGUUUCAUCUACGAUCGACGGGGAAACUCUUUUCCUUUUAAGAGUUUAUAUCAGGACAGGAAAUCUGUCAUCAUUUUCGUGCGGAAUUUCUUGUGCUACAGCUGUAAAGAAUAUGUUGAUGAUUUGAGUAAAGUACCAAAAGAAGCUCUGAAGGAUGCUGGAAUCAGACUGGUUGUGAUUGGUCAGUCUGCUUUCUGUCAUAUAGAGCCUUUYUGCUUGUUGACGGGGUAUCCUUAUGAAAUGUACGUGGACCCAGAAAGGUGCAUCUACCAAAAACUUGGGAUGAAGAGGGAGGAGACAUUCACAGAYUCUGCACGCCCCAGUCCCCAUGUGAAGUCUGGUUUGUUGAUGGGCCAAAUGAAGAGCAUAUGGMGGGCAAUGACCGGUCCUGCUUUUGACUUUCAGGGAGACUUAAGUCAGCAAGGUGGAGCCAUCAUCGCAGGACCUGGCUCUCAAGUUCAUUUUUGUCACUUYGAUAUGAACCACCUGGAUCACAUGCCCAUCCCCUGGCUCCUUCAGCUCGCUGGAGUUCAUCACACUCUGGACUUCGGUGAUAAACCAAAGAUCAUCCAUGUGUAGCCUGAACACCUGCCUGCUAUAGAAAGCUUGGCAGGRAAGGUGUGUUUACAUUGGGGUUCGACACGUUAUUUGCUCCCCUCAAAUGCUCUUAAUCUGCCAUGGACUUCUCAAGUUUGAUCAAAAUGUGAGAUUAUUACAGAGGGUUGUGACAAGGAUCCCCAGAACCUCAGGGAUGUUUGGGUUCAAAAUUGUUUACAAGGUUAGUUUCCCCAGUUUAGCUUCAUGAGUUUUUUUUUUUCUUUGUAAGAUAGUCGUCCUAAUUCUAACACAUUCUCACUCCCGACUCAUCACAUAUUGACGCUUUUCCAAGGUUCCCUCUGCGUCUUAUUUUGACGCGUCGGGUACAUCCGUCGUUUCAUUUUUUGACAUACCAGGCAUUUCCGUGUUCCCUCAGCGUCCUGGUUUGAUGCGUUGGGACGCARAAUGUAGGGGUCUUUGAGUUGGGGUCCGUGGUUAACAUUAGGGAUCAGAUUUAAUGGUUAAUUUUAGGUAGUGGGGUCAGGG